AUGUCUAGUAAAUCUCUGUCAAUCCGCCUUUCCACCUCUCAAGACCGGACUCUAAAAUCUCUGACAAUCUACGGCAUCUUCAGCUAUAAAGCCAAAUCCUUCACCACCACUCAUAUAUCAACUAGCCUGACUCCGCAGCUCUUCAUGAGAGUAGGAGACCAAGUACAGACUUUUUGAGACAUCAGGGUAGGAUUACAGGCACAAGAGCUUGCUAAUAGGAAAAAUAACGAUUCUGAAGAGGAAAAAUACAUCAAGAGCCAAGUUAGUUUCUUAUUCUGCCUCAUCCAUGAAGCAAAUGGGCCCAAUGUGUAUGCCUAUAACCAAUUGGUAGAUAUUUUUGGGUAUCUUAGCGACCACAUCAAGUUGAAUGAUAUCGACCCUCAGAUUUACAGCUUAUUUGGGAAAUGAGAGACAAUUAAAGAGGCUAGAGAAAUCUUAGACCGAUUUCAUGUUGAGAGUUCAUCCAAAGAUCUUUGGAAAACAAAGAAUGCGAUUGCUACUAAGCUCAAGAAACUCCAAGCUAAAACUCUUGGCUGAGAAAUUAAAGAAGGUGAUAUUGUAAGAAUAGGAAGACUUAAAAUGAAACUGAUCAAAUUGGAAUCUUCUGUUUCAGAUAUUCGAGAUAUUUCGAUUCAAAAUAUAAAUGAAGAUUCAAAAACUUAUAGUAGAGGAUCUUUUAUUGAACCUGGGAGUCCAAAGAAAGUGACAGACAAGGAUAAGCCUAUAUGAAGAUUUUGAUUAUCUUGUGAUAAUCCAGAUAAAGAUCCUCUAUUCAAUGCUUGAAAGUGCAAAGGAACACAAGGUCUGAUUCACCUUCAAUGUCUUCGCUCUUGGAUGAAUUCAUUCAAAAAGCAUAAAGUCCUGAGUAAUCUGUCUGAAGAGUAUCAUUGGAAAACCACUACUUGUGAGAUAUGUAAAGCUUCAUAUACUCUCCAAAUUGAGCAUGAAGGAACUUUGGUAGAUCUCCUAGAAUAUAAAUAAACCUGAAGAAGCCUAUUGAGUUUUUGAGACACUUCAUCCCAAAGAGAGUGACCGUUUUUUGUCAAAAUCCUUGUUUGUGCACCAAUUUAAAAACCCUGAAAUAAAAAGAAAAUACAAAACCUUCUUUAAGAACCAACAAUCUACCUUUACAUUCGGUAGAGCUGAUGAAGCAGAAUUCAGGUUUAAUGAUCAAUCAGUUUCUCGGAUUCAUGGUGAAAUAACUCUCACAAAUGAAAGUAGAUUAUUUAUCAAAGAUUAUGACUCACGAUUUGGGACCCAAGUACUCAUGAAUUUGCCUCAAACAGUUGACCAAAAUAACUCUCUCAAUAAUGUGUUCCAAAUUGGUCGGACAUGGAUGCAUCUUUCUCUAAUCGAAUCUCAUCCAAAAGCUGAAUGAUGCUGAUUCUUUAGAAAGGCAAAUAAAGUAGUAGCCAAAGAAAUUGUAGAUGACGAUAAUAAAGAAAAUACGGAAUUUAGAAUUGCUUCGUUAAAAGCUUAUAAAUCAAUACCUACUCUCUUGGACAAAAAAGUGGCUGAUACUUCCAAAGAGAGAAAGGUUCCAAUAUCUCAGACUAUAACAGAUUCUUACCCAAAUAAGAUAUUAGUUUCCAGUUCUGUCAGAGAGAACUCAUCAAGACCCUUUCUACCCCCUAUGGGGUCCCAUCAAUCCCCAAACGAAAAUGAUCAACAAAUGAAAGUGGAGGCAACUUCUAAAGAACUGGACUAUGCCAAUAGUUUCGAUGAGAUUUCGGCCUACAACAUUAAUAAUUUUUCCUAACCAUUUUGA